AUGAGCAUACUUCGUUCUAUCUUCGACCAUCUUGUCCUCCCGGCCAAGCUCCCGGGAAAGCAAGAAGAGGAUGUGGAGGCUAUUUCAGACGAAAUAUUGAAACGUCUUAUCCACGCCUGCGAAAGGAGUCACACUUUUGCUGAACAACCCUGGUCUGAAGCAUUCUACAACCUCGGGACUUCCCUCAACAUCUGCCGUCGACUUCAUUCAGGCUGCCUCGAAAAGUCAAGCUUGGUCGAACAAUUUGGCCGACUCGAGUUAAACCAUAUUCUGAUUUUGUAUGUAGUUGAGCAAAAUGCCGCUCUACUCAUCCGGCGUGAGAUCUGCAACGGUAAACAACAAGUCAUUUUCGAAGCAUUUGAAGCCUCUCCAACCUCCGAGCAUGUUCUUGCCGGGAACAAUGCUCUGAUAUGGGAUUUUCCUGGUUGUUCGGCUCAAAUUCCCCUUUCAACUUUUACCGACACGUCAUUCCAAGAAAGUCUGGCUUCGUUCCUCGAACAGGCUGGUAUGGAGUCUCUCUAUCGCCUUCAAGCUCACGCUCAGAAAGCCCACGUGUCAGUUACCGAAGCUAGAGACUCAACCCACCCAAGCCUUAUAACUCAAAUGCUCAUACCGCUUCUCAUGGGCAUCGGUGAUCAUUUUCAGUCUCCCAUCAUCCGCAAACGAGUGCGAGAUGAUGUCAAUAUCGUGGAGGGGGUUUUACCUUGGCGAAGACUUCCAUUUUGGCUGAUCCUGCGUGUCGCUACCCAACGGCAACUUUGCCUGUCUCUCGGCAAUGAGAAAGGCCGGUUCAGUUAUAAAGUGCUUAUGAAUUUUCUCUUUGCUGAACUUCUUAAGGACUGUACUGCAACCUUGAUUCCAGAGUUGACCAUCACUCUUCGCACUAAGCUUUGCCGUCGUAUGACAAAGCUUGAGAUGGAUAGGCAAUUGCAGGCUGAAUCAGUCAACUCGGUUGAUUGCGACUCUCUUUUCAACCGAGAAGCGAGUGCUCAGGUGGAGAAUGCAUGGAGACUCUUCAAACAACAAACGACUCGAAUCAUUCCCAGGCUUCCCUCACAUGCGCCUGACCAGGCCCUUCAACUCUCUCUCUCCAACAGCGGAAAAUACUUCGACAAUUUGCUGUCUGAUAUGCCGCUGCGACAGAGGCCCUCCGCAUCCCUUGAUCUUCCUCGACCGCUUGACCAAGCCAUAAGCCAAACACAACAGUUUACAGACCACGUUCAGGAUGACCAACCUCGACCCUGCAACAAAAGUGGUUACGAAACUCGGUGCAUUGAGCUCGCUGAUCAAAUAAACAAUGUCUUUGACCAGAUGAGCAUCAUGAUCCUUACGCUCUUCACAAUAUGGAUUCGCGAAUAUCGCCCUGUCUUUGACUCCGAGAUUUUGGAUGUACUGCAGCUUUCGACCGUAUCAUCCAUGCGUCGUCUCCAAACUAUUCAAGAAUAUCUUGCUGUACGGCACUCUAUGUCCCAGUACGAUAAUAUCAUGACGCAAAUUGGCAAGGAUUCCCUAGGGGUCCGAUAUGUCUCCCAGUCACCUGAGAUGCAGUUCCUAGGGCGACACAUCGACAGAGCAUCUGAUCAAGCUCGUAGUGCUAAGGAAAGGGAAUGGACGAAACUCUGCGGGAAAUAUGACGAACAUACCGAUGGCAUUUCAAAGUAUACAUGCUGUUGUACGUGGUCUAAUGGUAAACCUGAUCAUAGAGGUUGCCAAAAAUGCUGGCACAGACGAACCCGGAAAAAUAUGAAAAUUCAAGUCCACGAGGAAUUUCUCCCAGGAAGAGACCCAGCCAGAGCUGCUGUUAUUUUUGAGCUCGCCGUUCCUCAAAUUGUAUACGGCUUAGCACAUCCAAACCGUCCGGUUACGAAUCAGGCCGCUGAAAUAAACUUACUGGAUUGCAGACCUCUUCAACCUUUCAUUAAAUGCUUUACGCAAACACACUACAAAUUUAAAGCUGGGAAGAUUCCACUUCGCAACUUGUUACUACCACUUGCGGCGAGGUUUCAGCUAUACGACAGUGUCUCUAAAUCCUGGCAUCUCUGCGGUGUUCAUAUUCCUGGAGAACUUCGAGCUUCGGUGCUUCCAGAAGCGCAGCAUCCGCCACCUACCGUUGAUGGGCCAUCGUCAUAUGAGGUCCAGGCCAACCAGACUGAAUGCCCCGCAAACAUGUCUGUUCACGAAUUCUCGGCGUAUCAAAAGUUACUUGCCGGCAACUUGCGACGUUGGCCUAACAUACUAGUCGAAAUGGGCUCGUCGAACCUCAAUUUUAGUAAAGAGGACACAGCCCGUUUAAUCAGCCAACUCGCUUUACAAGCCGGGCCACAGUCACCGGGGAAUGACCUACGAGCUAUUCAUCUUGUGUUUCAAGAGCCAGCCUUUCUUGAACGUCUGUUAGAGCUAAUCGCGAAACGCCUUACCAGCCUAGAAACGAAUUGGCGUGAACAUAAUUACAUGGAUCUGCUCAUAACCAUUAUUCUUCGAUUGAUUAACUUAGGACUCGGUUCACUAAGAAGUCGUGCGGAAACAUUGCUGGAGGAUGCUAGGAAUACCACCCUGAAUUGGGUUACGCAACUUCGGAAGAAGAUGCAGACAGCGUUGGACGCUGAUACAGUAGAACGGGCUGCAAGUUAUGGGUUUUAUGCCGCCUUGUUAUGCAGACGAACCUUUAUCGUAUUUUCCGAGCCUACUAGACAAGCCUUAACUCCUGGGGAUCUCAUUUCUUGGGUUCAGGCGUCCAUAGCAUUACAGGAAAGUCUGUUGGUUGACAUUAGCAAGCUAACUCCGGCAUUGAGAAGCAUGCUUCUUCGGGACACGAAAAUGGCAUAUCAUCUCCAGUAUGCCCUCCAAGUGAGCCUAAGAGCUCACCCAGAAAGCGUCACAGAAGGGGUUAUUAGGAGUUGGUACGAUCCCGUCGAUGGCCUUAUGACAACCUUCUCGCAGUGGACGUUUCUCCCCGAGCCCAACUGCCGCUGGAUAGUGGCUACAACAUCAGAGCCAAACGGACAAUUGACCUUCGGCCAGACUAUUCAUUACAACAUCAUUGAAGGGCACCUGCUUGUAAACGGAAAACCACAGGGUAAAUUGCCGCUUCAGAUUCGCAAUGAUGAGAUUAUAAAAGACAUGUUUGGUAGCCAGCACCUUCUAACAUACCCCUCAAAUCUACCGGGAAUGUCUCAUCGACUGGUAAAUUAUGUGGAAAACCAAGAAAUACAUUUUGGCAUGCGCGGCGACCAGGUCGUUAUUCGUGCUUGCACGAAAGGCGGGUUGCUCGAGCUUGUGCCUUCGUCUAUCUUUACCGGGCAAAGCGAUUUUGAUUUGCCAUCGGAACUGGUGGAUGGCUGCGUACACUGGCUCAACAUCAACUCCGCUUGCCUCGAAAUUCGUCGGAAGCCUGUAAUCUGGAAGAAACGGUCGCGAGACUGGGUUAUUAAUAUCCCAGGACGUCGUGCUUACCGUGGUGAUGUCAGUCUGGUUGAUUCCCACUCGGAUGUGUUUCGUUGGAUUGCGACAGCAUUUCAGGGCUUCGAGCGCCCAGAGAAGUUAACAGUGUAUCAACCUCGGAAAGGAAGACUUUCCGUAGAGUUACGACAUCUGGAAUUAUCAUUCUAUGUUAACAACAGCUAUCUUCUUGAGUGUCGACAGCUCAAGGCAGUGGUGGACCCCAACCAGGAUGCUGGAACUUGGUAUGGAUUAGAAAGCAAAAUCGUGCUAACAGGCAUCGAUUCUCAGAGAAGAAGUAUUAUUGUGCCUCUCGGAGCAAUGAAGUACAAGACAAACGGUAUGCAUGUUCGAGUCUACGUCGAAGACGCACGCGAAUAUGGGACAUACCUGAUAGAUGAGACACUCAAUCGACUCUCAUGCCCCCCCGAACCCCGUCUUUUGUACGCCAAGGCUCUCUGUCAUGCUCUGACGUCGUUCUGUUUGCCCGAUACCCUAACCGGACGUACUGGCACAGAAGAGGCGUUUCACACCCUCAAAUCUUGCGCUUCUCAACCAUGGACUGCACUCGGUGAAGCUCAUCAGAUAGAAGGCCUGAGAAAUUUAUGCCCGGCCAGGGAAUAUUAUCCACCGAUGAUUCGCCGCUUUCAAAGAGUGAGGUGGGACAGCAACUUGACUAUGACUAUCCAGCAUGAUAGUUACGAUCUUUUAGUUCGGGCUAUCAUGAAAAAGUCGGAGAAUUAUGCCCGUUUCUCUAAUGUAGGGUUAAAAGUGAUCGAUGUCGAGGCUCCAAGUCAUCUGCGUUGUCGCGGUGAAGUAUGCCGGCGACGCUACGAACGCCCAAUAGUUGACACAGCUGAUCAAGUCACUGAAGAUUUGAUCUACUCCCCUCGCGACCGCAUAAAGGACAUUGGAUCAUCUGGUGUAUACGAAAUAGCUCGUGCAGUCCUUACGGACUGUCCUUCUAUCUAUAUGAACAUGACCAUGGUUCAUAUAUUGGAGUCUUGGCCCGUUAUUGAGGGAUUUCAUUGCAACAGCAGCUCGUCGUUGAGGAACAUUCCGCUCGUCAACCAGAUUGAAGAUCCAAUCAAUGAACAAUGGGGUGAUCUCGUCAAGUUCUGCUGUAACCCGGACAGCCGGUAUACGCUAUUAUAUCGCCUAGGGCUGCUGGCGUUUGCGCCAAGCCCUAACAUGGAUAUAAUUCGGUCGCUCGCCGCGUUCUCUUGUAUUGAAGAGCUCAAAAGUCUUCGGCCACCUACAUAUCCCAAUUUUGUUGAAUUUGCAAAACGCGGGCGACCUUCGGCUAAACUUCUGCAGGAGCUCGUAAUCCAGGCUUAUCCUAUUUAUGUCCCUCGAUAUGACCGUGCCGUUUGCCCCUGGGGCCGAGCCGGGCGCAACGCACACGAACAUCAAGUCCAGUGCGAAAAGGAUGGCGGUAGAUUUGUCAGUCACAUUUUACAGCAGUGGCCGACACCAGCAGAUGAGCUGUCGACCGAGGACCUAGUUCUGGAAGUCAUCGACAUACCUCUUGCCUUGGAAAAGGUAAAGCCUGAAUGGGACCGUAGAAGAGCAAACGACGACUUGGAAAGUUAUAUUAGAAAGGUCCAAAGCGUUAUAUAUUCACGGAAGGGCCGAAGAAAUGUCUUCACGGUACCAAAUUGUGAACAAGAGCCGCCAGCGCUGCUUGCUGGACCACACCACGCACGGAUAAUACCUUCAAUCGCCCUAGACCUAGUGGUCAAGCAAGGACCUCGCAUAGAAAACACUGAUAAACUUGACCUAUUCAAUCAUGGAAUCGCUGUUGGGAACCACGAAUUCAAUCGAAAUCCCGAGAAAGAGCAUUCCAGAGAAGUCGUGGAUCUGGAGCGAAUUUUACACAAAUUUGCGAUGUCUCAUGAUGAAUUGCGCAAGCAAUAUUCUCGUGACCUCCUUCAAAGCCUGGAUGCACUGAAAAAUACCGUUUCGGCACUUCCACGAGACCCGAAAGUUCCAAUGCCAGGCUCAGAGACUAUCGAGCAAGCUAUAGAAGAACAUUCAAAUAUAGUGAUGAUUUACUUCGAGCGCAUUUCCAAUGCUCUUGCCUUGAGCGACCCUCGGGCUGUGUGGUUGCAACUCGGCGAGAUCUGGCCAUGCCAGACUCCUGUCGCAAUGCUUGAACUUCUUAGGUCCAUUUCAUCGCACCAAUUUGGCAUUGGUAUGAAAGAAGCAUUAAUAGGCUAUGGACUUGCUAUUACCGAAUUACAACAACUGAAUCGGAUGCGAAGGGCUUUGCUGCGAAGGGAUGUGCGAGGGUUAAAUGAAGAGCUUCGUAACAAAGGCCAUGAGAAUUGGUCGCCGCUUGAGCAGCCGGACUGGCUCUUGUUGGAAAUUGAAAGCGACAUUCUUAUCAGGGCUGAGCAAGCAGACGUUGCGAGAGCCAUCAUCGACCCCUUAUCGAAAAAUAAUAGCGUGCUACAGAUGAAUAUGGGCAAAGGCAAAACAUCGUGUAUUAUGCCUAUGGUUGCUGCUACUUUGGCUGACGGCAAAAACCUUACUCGCCUAAUCGUCCCUAAGGCGCUACUAACACAGACAGCCCAGACAAUGCAAUCGCGAUUAGGGGGCCUCGUCGGCCGUGAGAUCUGCCACCUCCCAUUUUCACGCAAGACACCAACAACUCCGGACAUGCUAGAGCUCUACCGCAGUAUACAUCGCGAAAUGCGAGAUGCGAAGGGUUUGAUCCUUACGAGCCACGAACAUGUGCUAUCGUUCAAACUCGGCGGUUGGCAGCAUCUUGCCGAUGGCGAGAUGGAUAAGGCUGGGGUUAUGAUUGAAUUUCAAAAUUGGUUAGACAAUAACUGUCGUGAUGUCUUGGACGAGUGCGACGUCACCCUUUCUGCCAAGACACAGCUCAAUUAUCCCGGCCCAGGAGGAUCAUCAAAGAGUAUUGAUGGCAGUCCCUUUCGAUGGGAAGUGGCUAUGGAAAUAUUGGCAUUGGCGGCACAUUACGUCCCAACCUUGAAGCGCGAGUUUCCUAACAGCAUUGACGUGUUGAAACGCCCAGGCUCGUAUCCUAUGGUACACUUUCUCGACAGUGAGAUAGAAGAUGUUCUUCACGCGCGUAUUAUAGACGACAUUUGCGCCGGCCGGACGAUAUUCCUCCGUCGUGCGGACACGAGCUUCUUGACGAAGAGAUCGGUAAUUCGGCGGGUUCUCACAGAACGGAAACCUGAAGAGCUCGCGUUUGUGCAGGCUUCUAGCGCAUUCACCGACCCCCAAGCGGCAUAUAAGAUACUUCUUGUUGUCCGAGGUCUUAUUAUGAAUAGAAUAUUAGUUCUUUGCCUCGGCAAGCGUUGGAAUGUGCAGUAUGGCUUAGACUCGAACCGGCAACCCAUCGAACUCGCAGUGCCCUUCGAGGCGAAAGGCAUACCAUCUGAACAAUCGGAAUUUGGCCAUCCUGAUGUGGCGAUCAUGUUCACAUGCUUGUCCUUCUACUAUUCUGGCCUAACGAUGGAGCAAUUCUGCAAAGACCUACAACAUGUUCUCCAGGCAGAUGAUCCAGCAGCACAGUAUGAGCGCUGGACUUCUAGAUCCAACAGCUUGCCGGAGGCACUUCAUCACUGGAAUAUAAUAAACGUUCAUGAUGGAGGCCAAAUGGAAGAGCUAUGGAAGCAUUUGCGACUAGAUCGUAUUGUCAUAAACCACUACAUGAACUGCUUUGUUUUUCCGGAACACGCCCGGCAGUUCGACAUUAAACUACAGGCUUCCUCGUGGGAUAUCCCCCUAACUUUGAAGUCACAGUGCGGUGCCAGGACAACCGGCUUUAGCGGGACCAACGAUAAUCGCCUAAUGCUCCCCUUCACCAUUCAACAAGACGACCUCCCUAGUCUGCGACAGACAAGCGCCGAGGUGCUUUCGUACCUGUUGCAACCACGGAAUCGCGGCUAUCAAGUGACCACGGACAACUAUGGUAGGCGAUUAAGCGAAAGUGACCUUUUGCAUGAAUUGACUCAGAAAAAUAUUCGCGUUCUCAUCGAUGCUGGAGCUUACGUCCUAGAGAUGGACAACAAAACGCUCGCCAGCUCAUGGCUCGCCAUUGACCAUAAAGCCAAGGCGGCUGUAUACUUUGGUAACGACAACAAGGUCUGGGUGCACUAUCGAGUUGACAUGAAGCAUGACGUGCCACUCCUAGAAACACCGUUCGCGGAAAACCUAAGUGAAUGUGUUGUCUAUCUUGACCAGGCACACACGCGAGGUGUGGACUUCAAACUGCCAGCAGAAUCCCAUGGUGCGCUAACACUCGCGCCCAAACAAAGCAAAGAUACUAUCAUGCAAGCCGCCAUGCGCCUUCGCCAACUGAGCACCACGCAAUGUGUUACAUUCUUCGCUCCACCUGAAGUCGACCAAAGUAUCAGGUAUUUCUGCGGCUCAGAUAUUGUCAGAGAAAUAGACUCGUCACAUGUUGUCGCAUGGCUCCUUGAACAAACUUGUCGUGGAAUUGAGGAUAUGCGCAACUUGCAUGUCGCGCAGGGCAUCGACUUUUGCCGUCGCUCCAACGCAGUGCGGACUUGUCCUGGAUUUCUGACCAACCCUACACACAGGAAGAAAUUGCUCGGUAUCCUGCAACAGCCGGAACGCCAAACAUUAGAGCAGUUGUACCGAGGGGAUUCAGCGGGCAACAUAAAUGUAGAGCGCAUGGCUACUCGUGAGCUACAAACGUUUGUAGAUCGACUUGGUGAAUCUCGGGACAACACCAACGUCGUUCAGACAGGAGCCUUGGAAGAAGUAGAGCAACAGAGAGAGGUACAUGUUCAAUUUGAGCAGGUGCGCCAGUCGGAAAAGCCGCCGCGACAUGGCGCCCUGCAAUUCCCUGGGAUUCAUCAAGUAAUUCUUCAAUUCACACGCACCGGGAUCCUCGAGACUUUGUCGUCUCAUCAAGGAUAUCCUCCAUUCGAGCAUGCAUUUGCUUGCCUAGCAAGGUCAGAUAUUGGGAAACAGCAUGGCAUACAUCCCACAGGCUCAAGACUCUUUGUGUCGAGGGAAUUUGGGAAGAGCGUUGAUAUGGGAAAUGUUCAGAAGGUUGCAGAGGAUUUCCUCCGUCCUGUGGAAUGGAUCCUCUGGAGCCCCUCAACAGAAACCGCACUCGUCAUAAUUCCAGAGGAAGCUGAAUUACUUAUCCCUACGCUACGUUCUUCCGAUGUCGAAUGUGCUGUUUACCUCAUCGCCUACGCCGCGCCUGUAACUAAAUCAAUGAUGUUUUUCAACACCUUCCAAUACUACACCCUGCCGAGACUACCGAAGAACUGUAUAUUCCCCGAUUGGUUCCGGAUUGAAAUAGGAAUUCUAGCUGGGCGCCUCUAUGCCGACGUUGCUGAGUGCAAAUCACUUACUCGGUAUCUCCGAUCAUCCGCCGAGGAAAAGGACGGAGAGCGGAUUAGCGACGAAGGGUCGAGAAAUGGGCAGGAACUCACAAAGAUUGCUAAAGACCCUGCAGCGUUUCUUCUAGAGUGGCUUGCUCUGCGACGCAAAGUGGAGAACGUAUUACAUACACCUAUGGGACAGAUAUGCUCAGGUCGUGAGCUAGAAGAAGAAUGA